UAACCGGAUGUGCUCCAAUGCGCUCUAAUUAACUAGUCGUAGAACUAAGUUUGUCUUAAGUCUGUUUGUUAAAAAUAAGGGUGAUCACAAAUAGAUAAAAUCCUUGUUUUUGUUCCAACUGCUAAACUGCUACUAAAAGUGAUUGGUUCUCGCUGUUCCGCCUGACAGACACAAAACAAGAAGUAUAAUCCGUUAUCAGCUUCCUCGUGUUGUAGAGCUCGGCUACGAUGAGGCUAAGAGUCCUCAUUCUCCUGCUACAAGUGGGUCUGAGUGAAUCCUCAGGUGAAGUGUUUGGUUUCCUUGGGGACAAUAUCACUUUGCAGUCAGGGGCUGACCCCUCACUGUCUCUAACAAGGAUUGAGUGGUCAAUACUCUCCAACAACACUUUCAUCGCCACUUAUCGCGAUGGGACAAAAAGCCUUAACCGCUUUUAUCAGUAUAAAGACCGACUGGAUAUCAACGUUUCCACAGGUGACCUGAUGAUUUAUAAUUUGACCACAAAGGAUGAAAUGACCUAUACAGUGGAUUUUACCAGUGACAAUGAAAAAAAAAAAACGAAGGUUAAGCUCACAGUGAAAAAACGUCUCCAGAAACCAAACAUACGGACUCAAACCUUUCUCCCGAGCGGACGUGUAAAAACGGGCUGUUGGAUAGAGAUGCUUUGUUCUGCUUCGGAAGAAGGUGUUGAGGUCUUCUGGCAGGUUCCACCCUCUGAUGUGACAACCUUCAACACGACCCGUGGCCGCGAUGCUCUUCUGUUAGCAUUUAUGAACAGCACACAGGCCUCUGCUACCUUUAACUGCACCACCAGUAAGUCAAUGGUGACAACCUGGAGCACUGUUGCACCAGUGUGUAAAGAUGAGCAGACUCAUCCUAGCAUCCAACCUCACUUAGAUCAACCAUCAACCAGAGAUACACGUUUUACUUUAGUUGUCUUGGCAGCUUUUGUAGGAUGUUGUCUACCAGUGGUAAUAGUAAUCAUCUGGAGAAAAGAAAUAAACAGCAGCCAAGCAGCAGCGGUUGGUACCUCAACAACAGACUUAGCAAGUUGACCACAUCAGCUGGAAGACAAACAAGGACUGUGAUGCUGGUGUGUGGCCCAUCAGCACAACUAAUUAUCAAUGUUUCACAGACGGUCAAACUAUGCUUGCUCUAUACAAAUAUAUAGGCAAAUAAGUUUGUUGACUGUGUGUUAUUGAAGUUUUCCAUAGAUGUAACUAUUGCUUUUCAUUUGAACAAACAACAUAACAAGCAUCACACCUUCGUGGUGUGUGCACUGAUCUCCCCAGCUGGUUUUUGGUUUGUUGAUGUGCACAAUCAACAUCCAUGUUUUUUAUUUGCUUCCCCCAUUAUUUUUAUUUUCCUUUAAUUUUAUAAUAAAUCACAAAAAAGACAACUUUCUCAUCUGCCUCUUUAUGGGAAAUUUCCACCACACAACGUAUGAUGUUUACUUACAAAACUUGUUUUACCAUCACACGCCACAUACAGUACGUGUGUAGAGUCAUUAAGGACAGUGUCCACACAAGUGAUCCAAGGUGCUAUCAAAUGUGAGGCUAAUGCGAGGUUUUAUUAUAACAUAGUCAAGUAAAUAAAAGUGAAUUUAUAAAGCAAGCAAGGCAGGAAACAUUGUCUGACCACAUCCUUUAUGAUUUCAACUUCAAGGUUUGAUGAGAUUAAAUAUUAGAUUAAUUUAUCAAUGAUAUACUACUAGAUGAAAACAGCUUCCUCUGCUCAUAGUUUCAGUUGUUGGCUCAUGCUAACAGUUCAUAUAUACGGCAUGCGUGGGUAUAGGUGUAGUCACCUGGAAGACUUCCCUCUCAACA